GGGAGACUUCGAGGGGGAGCUUCCGCCGCUCAUCCUGCUGGCAUUCCACGUGGACUAUUGGGAUCACAUGGGGUGGAAGGACCCCUUCGGCUCGAGCCAAUGGACGGUGAGGCAAAAGACGUACGUCGAGGCCUUCCGGCUGGACACCAUUUUCACGCCCCACCUCGUCGUCCAUGGCCGCGCCCAAUGCGUUGCCAAUGAUCGGGACGCCGUCUUCACCGCCAUCAACUCGGUUUCUAGAUUCCCACCUCUUUCUUUCCGGGCAACGUUCGAGAGGCCAAGAGCAGAGACAUUGCAGGUGUCAUUGACUAGAAGUAUAAAGAAAGACGAAAACGGGGGCAACGACAUCGUCAUCAUGGUCGCGCUAUUCGAGUGCGGUUUGUUGACACGAUGCGAGGACGGACAGAAUAGAGACACAGUCCUUGCCAACGACUACGUUGUCAGGAGAUUAGAGAGGUUGUGUGACGGUGAGAUCAAGGAUGUUGUGGCAGAGACCGGGAAGAAGAAGACUGUGUCAUCAAGAACGAUCAAUUUCUCACUAUGGGAAACUUUCAAUAGUUGUAAAUGUGGCAUAGCUAUCUUCAUCCAAAACUCAUCUCAUCAAAUUCUAGGUUCACAGAAAUUCCAAUUGCCACCACACAUAUGAUGCAUGAAUUCUAAUGUACGUACAUAGUCAUUUGUAAUUCAGUUUCCUUACUACUCAUGCCCAUCGCUUUAAUCUCGAC